GUGGGAGGCAGCGCUGACUCCGCGCCCCACCGCUCCCCUCGGGCUGUUGCAGGGCUGCUCCCUGCUGGCAGCCCAACCAGGAACCGCUGGAGGAGGCACGGAAGACACAUAAAGUGUAUCUGGUGUUAGCUAAACUGGAGGCAACUGACAGUCUCAGGCUGUUCAGAUCACUACAGGGAAAAAUCCUUGGAAAUGCUACCGUUUCAUCCUGUUGCUUAAUAAAACGGAGCGGUGGUCAACAUAGCACAGGGAGAAGAAAUGCCUUUGUGUGCUUCAUGGGCCGGAUGUCACUCAUAUAGCAGUGGAAGGAUUUAUCAGCUCUUGCGGAGGCUUUCCCCUGCACUCAGAACUCAAGGCUGGAGCUGUAGUGGAGGAAAAUGGAGCCUGUAGAUCUCCUGGCAUUUGCCUCUGUAGAAAUGAAUAGUACAAGAGUCACCCUGGCUUUGCUGGUGGUCUUCCUGGUCCUGCUGUAUUGGUACUCCACAUCUGCAUUUUCCAAACUAAGCAGAGUAGGGAUCCGACAUCCUCCACCUCUUCCUUUCAUUGGAAACCUGCUCUUUUUCAGUGAGGGUUUUUGGGAAAACCACACAAAACUCAUUACGGAAUACGGACCUGUUUGUGGGUAUUACAUUGGUCGCCAGAUGUUUGUGGUGGUCUCCUCACCAGACAUGAUCCAGCAAAUCUUAGUGACAGACUUCAGUAACUUCACCAACAGAACUAAGCCGAACUUGAUUUCCAAGCCAAUGCUUGAUAGCAUCCUUUGUCUUCGAGACGACAGAUGGAAGUAUGUGCGGAGCCUCCUGACCCCAGCCUUCAGCGAUACCAAACUGAAAGAGAUGACACCACUAAUAAACCAGGCCUGUGACAUCCUGCUGUGUAACUUGAAAGUCCACGCAGAUUCUGGCAAAGCUUUUGAUAUCCAGAGGUGUUACAACUGCUUUACGUUGGAUGUCGUUGGUAGCGUAGCUUUUGGUACUGAGGUGGAUUCCAAGAAGAAUCCUGAUGACCCUUUUGUUAAGAAUUGUAGAACAUUCUUUGAAAUGUCUUUGUUUAAGCCUCUCCUCAUUCUAAUCCUUUCUUUCCCAUUCAUAAUGAUUCCACUGCUACGCAUUUUUCCAAACAAGAAACAAAAGGAACUGAAUGGAUUUUUUAUCCAAACCAUAAAAAAUGCAAUUGUCUACAGGCACCAGCAAGAUGCAGCUGAGAGGCGCAGGGAUUUUCUCCAGUGGAUGCUUGACUCCCGUGACUCAGCUGACUCCCUGGCAGGCGGGUGCUCUGAUGUGAUCAGCCCAUCUGCCGCUUCCAGACAGAAUGAGGCACCUCUUCCUGGCAGGGCCCCAUCUGAAAAGGUUCAGAAGACGUUAACAGAGGAUGAGAUUGCAGGCCAAGCUUUCCUGUUCCUGAUUGCUGGCUAUGAGACCACCACUAGCACACUGUCCUUUGCCACGUACUUGCUAGCCACCAACCCAGAGUGCCAGGAGAAGGUGCUUCAGGAGAUUGAUGAGUUCUCUGCGAAACACAUGGUCCCUGAUUACCAAAAUGUACAAGAACUUCCUUAUCUGGAUAUGGUGAUUGCAGAGACAUUGCGCAUGUACCCACCUGCUUUCAGAUUCACUCGGGAAGCAGCUAAAGACUGUGUAGUGCUGGGGCAGCAUAUUCCAGCUGGGGCUGUCAUUGAAACUGCAGUUGGACACCUCCACCAUAACCCUGAAUUCUGGCCAGAGCCUGAGAAGUUUAUUCCUGAGAGGUUUACAGAGGAGGCCAAGAAGAAACGACAUCCCUUUGCAUAUCUGCCCUUUGGGGCAGGACCUCGUGGCUGCAUUGGCAUGAAAAUGGGUUUGUUGGAGACAAAAAUGACUCUACUGAGGAUUUUGCAGAAGUUUCAAUUCAAGACCUGCCCAGAGACUGAGAUUCCUUUGCAGCUCAAAUCAAAAGCCACACUUGGACCAAAAAAUGGAGUCUACAUUAUGCUGGAAUCUCGCUAAAAGAAAAUGUACACCCUGAAGCCUACUAGGAUGUACACCCUGAAGCCUACCUUUGUUAGUGACUCACUAACCAAGUACAGUUAUUUUUUAAAACCCCAAAGACAGGUAGGAGCCUAAGUCCCACUGAUGGUCAGUAGGUGCUUCCUCACUUCCUCACUUCCGUGGGAGAGCCUCCAGUCACCUUUUAAAAUGGGCUCCACAGUCUUUUUUGGCAGUUUUCAAAUUACUGUGAAUAGCACCUGUAAAGUAGUCUCCCACUUUCACUUGCUUUUCACUUCCUUUCCCUCAUCUUUGAGAAUGCUUUCCUCCUGCGCAAUUUCAACAAAUGGAGCAGGUGUUAAGUGUGCACACAAUUUAAAAUAGAUUUUAAUUACAAUUCAUUAUAUGGCACAUCCUUCUUAUGCACUUAAAAGUUUCUACUCUAGAGAAAGCCCAAAAGGCACCACAAUUACAGCAGAAAACCUGGGAUGCAGUGCAUUGGAUUUUAUCAUCAACUCUGCUAACAAUCAAAGCUGAGGCUCCUACCCAGUGCUUAAUCUCUUCCUGUGUCUGUAAAAUGGAAAGAGUUGCACCUCCUUCAUGCUUUGAAGUGAUUUUAUAUACACUUAAAUUAACAAUUUGCACUUGGCACAUUGCAUUGCUGGAGGAAUUAGGAGUUUCCCUGCUUACCAGUUAAGUUCCAGUAGCUAAGACCACGGAAAUGAGGUGACUGCCAUUUUGCUGGCCACUGAACUGCUGUUGGAAAACUGGAG